AUGGACUGCAAUCUCUUUACCUGGGGCGACAACCAGCACGGUCAGCUCGGGGAUGGCUCGCUGGCGCCCCGCCAGACGCCAGAGCUCGUGGGCGAAGUGCUGGGCGUGGUUCGAGCCGCUGCUGCCGAGGCGACGGCGGUGGUCACAAAGUCGGGGCAGCUCUUCGCAUGGGGGUUCGGGGGCCGGCGCUCGCCGGCGCCGGUCUCGCUGGGCGGGCGCCGGGCCUCGAGUGUGGCGGUGGCAGCGCAGGUGCUGUGUUGCUGCACUCCUGACCGGGAGCUCGUUGUCGUCAGGCUCGGUGAAGUCACUGAGGCAUGGCUGGCCCAUGACAACAUCAUCCAUGCAGCAGCCUCGCGGCGCUGCAUCGUGGCCUUGGCGCAGGCUUUGGGCUCUUCGGGUCAUAAGCCACCCGGGAACUGA